AUGGAUGCAGUUGGACUCUGGUUACUUUUGGGUGGCGGUGUAUUCGUGCUGGGUGCGCUUCGCUUGAUGGGUAACCACGUUGAGAACCCUGCAGUGCAGCCGCCGCCACGGCACCAUGAACGGCCGGCACCGAGGGCGUUCACUGGCGAAGAGCUUGCUCAGUACAACGGAACAAAAGGGCAGCCGAUCUACGUGGCCGUACAGCCACGGCCUGGGGCGCGGGCUGAAGUUUUCGACGUCUCCGAUGCGAGGUCUUUUUAUGGGCCCGGUGGGCCGUACUUUGUCUUUGCUGGGAAGAACGCGAGCAGAGGACUCGCAAAGAUGAGCACGGAACCUGGCGAAGUCUGUGGCGCUAUUGAUGAUUUGACGGAGCACGAAAAAGAGACGCUGUACCAGUGGUUUGAGAAGUUUCUCCAAAAAUACGAAGUAGUUGGUCAUCUGCGCGAGGAUCCGUCGGGCUCUGGCAGUUCAACGAACUGCACAGCUUGA